CUGGACUGAACCAACACAGAGCAUUGUGAGCACGUAAACUGACACACAGAGAUUCACCCUCAUUGAGCGGGGUUUCAUUUGAACACAGGCAAACUAGCAGGCUAGGGUUUUUCCUCAGUGUCCUCUACUGUGCUCUGUUCUUCAGCUGACAGUACUGAAACAUGGCGGUGUUCUCUAAAGAGUACGGCUAUGUUGUUCUCACUGGAGCUGCUACCUUCCUCCUCAUGGUCCGUCUGUCUUACUCUGUGGUCAAAGCCCGUGUCAAAUACAAUGUGCAGUACCCCAAAAUGUACAGUGAUGACCCAGAGACCGGCCAUAUCUUCAACUGUAUCCAGAGAGCUCACCAAAACACUAAUGAAAUCCUACCUCUGUUCCUGUUCUUUUUGACUGCUGGAGGCAUACACCAUCCACGUCUGGCUAGUGGCUUGGGGGCAAUUUGGAUUGUCAGCAGAUUGGUGUACGCACACGGAUACUCAUCUGGAGAUCCUGCUAAGAGGAAGCGAGGGGCUUUUGGGGACUUGGCUUUGCUGGGCCUGGUCUUCUGUACUGUGGACAGUGGCAGAACCAUGCUGGGGUGGGGCUGUAGGCCCAAGUGGUCCAGAGGGAUUUUUAAAACUCUUUAAAUGAACACAAGCAAAUAAUACAUUUAACUUUUAUUGUGAAUUAUUUCUGUAAUGUUUAAUAAAGUAAAAAAAAAAAUCA